CAGCCACCCGCCCGCCCGCGGGAGCUCGGAGCCGCGAGUGCAGCCGGGGCCGGGCCGGGCUGCGCGCACGCUCGGCGGUUCAAAAGAUACCAUCACGAGACAGUUGCAGAAGAAGUGGGAAUCACAAAGAAGAGGACCUAUAGGUCGCAUCCCUGUCACCACACCGUGGUGGCCGGCCCACCGCUGCCAUGACGACCGCCAUCUUGGAACGCCUGAGCACCCUGUCGGUGAGCGGGCAGCAGCUGCGGCGCCUGCCCAAGAUCCUGGAGGACGGUCUUCCCAAGAUGCCUUGCACGGUCCCGGAAACGGAUGUGCCCCAGCUCUUCCGGGAGCCCUACAUCCGCGCGGGCUACCGCCCCACGGGUCACGAGUGGCGCUACUACUUCUUCAGCCUCUUUCAGAAGCACAACGAGGUGGUCAACGUCUGGACCCACUUGCUGGCGGCCCUGGCCGUCCUUUUGCGAUUCUGGGCCUUCGCUGAGGCUGAGGCAUUGCCAUGGGCCUCUCCCCACUCCCUGCCCCUGCUCCUCUUUAUCCUGUCCUCCAUCACUUACCUCACCUGCAGCCUUCUGGCCCACCUGCUGCAGUCCAAGUCAGAGCUCUCCCACUACACUUUCUACUUUGUGGACUAUGUUGGCGUCAGUGUUUAUCAGUAUGGCAGUGCACUGGCCCACUUCUUCUACAGCUCUGACCAGGCCUGGUAUGAACGGUUCUGGCUUUUCUUCUUACCAGCAGCUGCCUUCUGUGGCUGGUUGUCCUGUGCAGGCUGUUGCUACGCCAAGUAUCGUUACCGAAGACCUUAUCCAGUGAUGAGGAAGAUCUGUCAAGUGGUACCCGCAGGGCUGGCCUUCAUCCUGGACAUCAGCCCUGUGGCACACCGAGUGGCGCUCUGUCACCUGGCCGGCUGCCAGGAACAGGCAGCCUGGUAUCACACUCUCCAGAUCCUCUUCUUCCUGGUCAGCGCCUACUUCUUCUCUUGCCCAGUACCUGAGAAGUACUUCCCUGGUUCCUGUGACAUUGUGGGUCACGGACAUCAAAUCUUCCACGCCUUCCUUUCUAUCUGCACGCUCUCCCAGCUGGAGGCCAUCCUCUUGGACUACCAGGGGCGGCGUGAGGUAUUUUUGCAGCGCCAUGGUCCCCUGUCUGUCUAUACAGCCUGUCUUUCUUUCUUCUUCUUGGCUGCCUGCAGUGCGGCAACUGCAUCCCUCCUGAGACACAAAGUCAAGGCGAGACUGACUAAGAAAGAUUCCUGAGAUCUGCAGCUGGGGAAAGGUGUGGAGGUGGCCUGUUGUGAUUUGGGAAAACGUGGUACAACAGUUUGUAAGGGUUGAUUUUUAAAUUAAUACGUAUUUCCAAGGAUAUGCUAUGGCUGCUGUAUUUCAAAGCCAAAGGAUUCAAGAGUUUUGUUGUUAAAAAGAAUAUUCCUUUUCCUUCUGGGUCAUAUCCUUACGAGGAAAGGAUCUUGGCUAAUAUUCAUGAGCCAUCAAACUAAAGAGAACCAUCUUCA